GUCUGUGGCACCGCCUGAUCGCCGAGCUAGAGAGCUCACAGCAGAGACGGAAUGAUUGUGAACAAUUUCACACUGUGUUACCAAGGCAAAGUUAUCCUGGCCCCUAUGGUUCGAGUAGGGACUCUUCCUAUGCGUCUUUUGGCCUUGGAUUAUGGAGCUGACAUAGUCUACUGUGAGGAGCUGAUUGACAUUAAGAUGCUUCAGUGCAAGAGAGUUGUCAAUGAAGUGCUGGAUACCAUUGACUUUGUAGCUCCCAAUGAGAGAGUCAUUUUCCGUACCUGUGAAAGAGAGCGGAACAAGGUUGUCUUUCAGAUGGGAUCUGCAGAUGCUGAGAGAGCCCUUGCUGUGGCCAAGCUGGUAGAGAAUGAUGUAGCUGGUAUUGAUGUUAAUAUGGGUUGUCCAAAAGAAUACUCCACCAAGGGAGGAAUGGGAGUAGCACUUCUGUCUGACCCUGACAAAAUUGAGAAGAUUCUGAGUACCCUGGUUAAAGGGAUCUGUAAACCAGUGACCUGCAAGAUUCGGAUCCUGCCAUCGCUUGAGGACACAUUGAAUCUUGUAAAGCGGAUAGAGAGGACGGGUGUAGCAGCUAUUGCAGUGCAUGGAAGGAAAAAGGAAGAGAGGCCUCAGCAUCCCGUUCACUGUGAUAUUAUCAAAGCCAUUGCUGAAACUGUCUCCAUCCCAGUAAUAGCUAAUGGAGGAUCUCACGACCACAUCAAAGUGUAUUCAGACUUAGAAGCCUUCCGGCAAGUGACUUCAGCAUCUUCAGUGAUGGUGGCACGCGCAGCCAUGUGGAAUCCAUCCAUCUUCAGGAAGGAGGGCCUUCAAUCCUUGGAAAAGAUCAUGCAGGAAUACAUAAAAUAUGCAGUGAGAUAUGACAACCACUACACCAAUACCAAGUAUUGCUUGUGUCAGAUGCUGAGAGAACAGCUAGAAACUCCCCAAGGAAAGAAGCUGCAUGCCGCCCAGUCUGCCCAGGAAAUCUGCGAAGCCUUUGAAUUGGGCAGCUUCUACGAGAAGAUAACUGCAGAGUUGGCAGCCAAAGGAGCCACACUCCAAAACAAAGCUCAGGAGGAAGAUGACCAGGCUGGAGACACUGAUGUCAUCAAAAUGGCGGUGAAGUUUGACAAAAGACAAUACCCACCCCAGAUCACACCCAAGAUGUGCCUGCUGGAAUGGUGCCGAAAGGAGAAGUUAGCCCAACCAGUAUAUGAAACAAUUCAGAGACCAGUAGACCGUUUGUUUUGCUCUGUCGUCACUGUUUCGGAGCGCAAGUUUCGCUCAGCACUAUGGGACAAGUCCAAGAAGCUGGCCGAACAAGCUGCAGCCAUCGUCUGCCUGAGAAGCCUGGGGCUCCCUGAGGGGAAGCUCGGGGAUGAGGACCCUCAGAGCCCCCUUUUGCACAAGCGCAAGGUGGAAGAGAGGAGACUUUGGAGAGACCAAGAGAAUGAGGAGACCCUUCCUGGAGGAGCCCCUCACAAAAAGCCCCAUCUGACCCUGGAUACCAGUGGCAGUGGCAACACUCCUGACGGGCCGUGACACUCCUUCAUGCCCCUGUGGGAUCCCCAUUGUC